GCCCAGAGGCAGCAGAUGUCCAACGGCAGCUCCAUCACCCAGUUCCUCCUCCUGCCAUUCGCACACACGCGGGACCUGCAGCUCUGCCACUUCUGGCUCUUCCUGGGCAUCUCCCUGGCUGCGCUCCUGGGCAACGGCCUCAUCAUCACCAGCACAGCCUGCGACCAGCGCCUCCACACCCCCAUGUACUUCUUCCUCCUCAACCUCUCCCUGCUGGACCUGGGCUGCAUCUCCACCACUGUCCCCAAAUCCAUGGCCAAUUCCCUCUGGGGCACCAGGGCCAUCUCCUACACAGGUUGUGUUGCACAGCUCUUUUUCGUUGUCUUUUUCAUCUCAGCAGAGUAUUUUCUCCUCACUGCCAUGUCCUACGACCGCUACGUGGCCAUCUGCAAGCCCCUGCACUAUGGGACCCUCCUGGGCAGCAGAGCUUGUGUCCACAUGGCAGCAGCUGCCUGGGGCACUGGGUUUCUCAGUGCUCUGCUGCACGUGGCCAAUACAUUUUCACUGCCCCUGUGCCGAGGCAAUGCUGUGGAGCAGUUCUUCUGUGAAAUCCCCCAGAUCCUCAAGCUCUCCUGCUCACACUCCUACCUCAGGGAAGUUGGGCUUCUUGUGGUUGGUAUCCUGAUUACUGUUGGCUGUUUUGUUUUCAUAGUGGGGUCCUAUGUGCAGAUCUUCAGGGCCGUGCUGAGGAUGCCCUCUGAGCAGGGACGCCACAAAGCCUUUUCCACGUGCCUCCCUCACCUGGCCGUUCUCUCCCUCUUUGUCAACACUGCUGUCUUUGCCUACUUGAAUCCCCCCUCCGUCUCCUCCCCAUCCCUGGAUCUUGUGGUGUCAGUGCUGUACUCGGUGGUGCCUCCAGCAGUGAACCCCCUCAUCUACAGCCUGAGGAACCAGGAGCUGAAGGAUGCUGUGAGGAAGCUGGUGACCAGAUAUGCCAUGUUGCAGUUACCUUUGAUAAAGGUCUUUGCAGGCAACAGACACAAACACUUGGGGAACAAGUGUUUGUCACGGUUUUGGCGACAGUUCAGGGCUCUAAGACACAUGAACCUUGGUUGUAUAUUGCUGGCCCCUGAAUGA